AUGGAAGUUGGGAAUGGGAAACAUACCUCCUUCUGGUAUGAUGUCUGGUCCAAGAUCGGUUGCCUCAAAGUUGCUCUUGGUGACCGCGGUCUGAUUGACUUAGGCAUUGGUGAUAAUGCCUUAGUGUCUGAUGUUCUUGGUAGGCAGCGAAGAAGGAGAAGGCACAGAGUGAGUUUUCUAAAUGAAGUGGAGACUGAAAUAGAGGCUCUACGGUUAGCUGCGAAUCAGGGUGAUGAUAUUGCUCUGUGGAAGCAGCAGGAAGGCAGAUUUGUAAAUAAAUUUUCUGCAAAAAAAACCUGGGAACAGAUUCGCCACAGCCGCCAAGCUUGCAACUGGAGCAAAGGCAUCUGGUUCACCCAUUCAACUCCAAAGUUCUCAUUCCUUGUCUGGGUUGCUGUGCUCAACAGACUGCAAACUGGAGAUAAAAUGCGGCUUUGGCACACUGGGAUAAAUACGACCUGCAUUCUGUGUAAUGUAGCCGAAGAAACCCGUGAACAUCUCUUCUUUGGCUGCAGGUACACAAGACAGAUCUGGAAGGCUCUCGCGGAGGGAUUGUUACAAAACAGAUUCACCACAGACUGGAAUCAACUUGUUGCGAUCAUCACCAGGCCGGGGCUCACUCCCAUCAAAAACUUCCUUGUCCGGUAUGUUUUCCAAGCAGCUGUACACUCAAUCUGGAGAGAGCGCAAUGCUCGACGACAUGGAGAACAAGAAAGAGAAGCUCAGUGUCUAGCAAAGCUUGUAGAUAAAAAUGUUAGGCUUUGGUUGCUUUCACUCCAAGGUAGAGGAAAAAUGGAAGGAGGGCUUGCAACAUGGUUUGGGUCUAGAGUGGAUCCUUAA